AAGGCAAAGAGAAGAAAAGCGAGCAGAAGAGAUGCAGAGGGAGGAAAAGAGAAAGGAGACAAGGUGUCAGUCACAUGAGAGAGUAUGUUCCACCUUCAGUUUCUGAGUCAGAAGAUUCCCUUUCAGAGGACAAGUGCACCAAGAUAAAAAAGAGGCAAAGAGAGAAAGAGAAGAGCAACAAUGAGAGUAAUAUUGAGAGGAAGAGAAGAAAGGCAGAGAGAGGAAAAAAGAAAAGUGAGGUACUGAGAGAAAGCAAGCAAGGGAGAGGGGUGCUGAAAGGAAAAGCCAAAGUAAGAAAUGAGCAGAAGGGAAGAGAGAAAGGAGAAAAACUGUCAAACUCAAGUUCCUCAUCAGACAAUGAAGACUCUGAAUCUUCUAGUGACUGUGAUGAGGUUUCAGUCAUGACAUUAAAAAAGAGAGAGGAUGGGGGCAGAAUAUACAGUAAAAAACAAUACUGCUGCUUUUGCUUUUUGCCAUUCAGUAAAAUGGCUCGCCACUUGGAGGCAAGACAUAGUAAUAUACCAGAGGUGAAAAGAGCAGUACGUUUUCCGAAAGGAUCUAAAGAACGGAGAAUUCAACUUGAUCUCCUAAGAAAUAGAGGUAACCGUAUACAUAACAAUAAGGUGCUUAAAGAUGGAAGAGGAGUGAUGAUCCCAAGUCAGCAGAACAGUGAGCCUGUCACCCCAAAUGAAUAUAUGCACUGCAUUAAUUGUGAGGCAUUACUCAAAAGGAAAGGCUUGUGGAGGCACAUGCAAAGAUGUCAUCUGGCCAAGAAAGUUGGUUCCUUAGCACCAGGAAAAACUAGAGUACAAUCACUUUGUGCUUUUAUGCAGCCAGUCCCAGAUGAUGUCAACAAAAAUCUUUGGAAACUUGUAAAUGACAUGCAUCAGGAUGAAAUAACAGACACAAUUCGAAGUGAAAACUGCAUAAUAAGACUUGGAGAGAAGCUUUACAAUAAGCUUGGACAUGACGUAACGAAACACGAAUACAUCAGGCAAAAGAUGAGAGAGACCGGAAGACUAAUACAUAAAGCAAAGUGUAUUGGCAAACUUAAGACAACUAACGAUUUCUUUGUUCCAGGUAACUUUGCUCAUGUUGUGGAAGCUGUGAAGAAAGUGGCUGAAUUUGAUGAGGAGAAAGGUCUGUACAAAACUCCAUCACUGGCUUUAAAGCUAGGCCACAACCUCAAAAAAAUGGCAAAUAUAGUCGAAUGUGAAGCCAUGAUGUCACAAGAUGAGAGUGCCCUGCACAAUGUGCGUACAUUCAAACGGCUUUAUGAAGCCCGAUGGACUGAGUGUGUGUCAACACAUGCACUCAGGAAUCUAAAAGAAGCAAAGUGGAACGCACCUACGCUCCUUCCCUUCACUGAGGAUGUUAAAAGAAUGCACAAGUACAUUGAUGAACAGCGGAUUGAGUACCAAACAAAACUGCUCGAAGCACCAAAUAAGAAAAGCUGGUCGGAUUUGGCCAACCUCACACUCGGUGAGAUUAUACUGUUUAAUCGCAGGCGAGAGGGCGAGGUAGCAAAAAUGCCUCUCAAAGCUUUCACUGUGAGAGACACCGCUUCAGUUCAUCCAGAUGUUGAAAUUGGAUUAACUGACCUAGAGAAGAAGCUCUGCAGGUACUUUAAGCGCAUAGAGAUCCAGGGAAAACGUCAAAGAAAGGUCCCUAUCAUCCUCACGCCAAAUAUGCUCUCAUCCAUGGAGGCUCUAGUUGAGAAUCGCAUACAAUGUGGAGUUCCCAAUGAAAACCACUUCCUGUUUGCAAGGCCUGAAGCACGAACACAUCUUAGAGGAUCAGAUGCCAUCCGACAACUUGCACGCAAGUGUGGGGCCAAGCAUCCAGAGGCCCUGUCAUCCACUAAAUUGAGGAAACAUGUGGCCACCAUGUCAAAAGUCCUAAACUUGCGGGAUAAUGAAAUGGAUGACCUUGCCGACUUUCUUGGCCACGACAUUAGAGUACACAGACAGUUCUACAGGCUCCCCGAGGGUACAUUACAGCUCGCAAAGAUCAGCAAAGUCCUUGUGGCCCUUGAGCGAGGACAAAUGUCAGAGUUCAAAGGAAGGAACCUUGAUGAGAUCAGCAUUGACCCAAAUGAGGAAAUGGCUGGGGACAGCAAUCUAUCUGAGAACGAGGAGUGUGAAAUGACCCCGGACCAGUUGCUUUUAACAGCCGGAUCAAGGCGAAAAAGGAAGUGCACGACUGAAGUUGAAUCUGACAGUGAUUCACAGGACACUACAGUGUGUCCCGUGAGUAAGACUGCAACAAAAAAAAGACCAGAUAACAAGAAGCCAGUGGGUGAAGACAAAUCUCCAGGUGAAUCCCAGAUCACCAAAGGUUCAUCAAAAAUGGCGAGAAGGAAGUGGAGCACAGAGGAGGUCCAGGCUGUGGAGAGCAAUCUCAUGGACAACAUCAACUCUGGCAGGGUUCCUGGUAAAGCCCAGUGUGAAGCAUGUAUCAAGGCAUCUUCAGAGGCGCUUAUGGGAAGGAGCUGGCAGGCAGUUAAGUUCUAUGUGAAGAACCGCAUUGACACUUUAAAGCGUCUGGAAAAAAACUAAUGGAAAUAUAAAUUGUAAUCACUGAACAUAAUUCUUUUUUGCUAUCUAGUUUUUCUACAAUCCCACAAGUAGGUACAGCUCUAGCUUUAAUUUAGUUCAUAUUUGAGCAUGUAAAGACAUUUUAUUAAGAUUGAUUGUCACAGCCAUGUCAACAGCUAUUUUGCUUUCAAAUUUAAGGUGUCUACAUCCUCUGUUAUUUCAUUGAGUGAUGUCAUUUUAUUUUUUAUCCUAAAGAACAUUGUGGUAGUGGGUCAUGGGUGGUUGGAGAAAUGGAGGUAGAGAGGGACACAGGUUGUAGAGAGAGACAUGUAUGCAGGGAGAGUGACAGGUU